AAGAAGAACUUUCAGGUUUGCCCUUUGCUCUUUAGCUUCAUCAUGGCGCCGCUUUCUGCUUGUUUCUUCCUCUGAGUCCAGUUAAUGCGAAGCUCUGAUAAAUGGCUCUUAUUUUCUAACAUGAGGUUUUUAUCUUUACUGUGUGGUUUUGGCUCAUAGCUGCUGUCAUGAGGAAGAGGAAGAAGAAGACUUUGGUUCCGUCUCUUCUGUGAUCUCCAUCCGUCUGGAUGGAUGAUGUGGUUCUGCACUACCAGCCUGGUUCAGCUGUCAGGCUCUCCUGCCUGUUGGAGCAGACAGAGAAGCUUCUGGAGCCCUUUACCUGCCGGCCUCCUCCUGUCUUCAGCCCCUGGUUCCCCACCGUCGCCGCAGAGCACCGGCUGCCCAUCAGGCCGGCCAAACCAGCUCCUCAGAUCACCUCUGCUGGUGUCACACUGACAACGACGACAGCUACAGAAAAUAAAUUACAAACAGGAAACCCUAUCAUCUCUGCAGAGACACAACCUGAACAGACAGAAGAGCCUCUCUGCAUCACAGAAACUCCCAACCACCUCCUGCCGGUUCGAUCAACCCCAGCUGUAUCUCCUAGAGAACAUCCAGGGACAGAGGGAGACGGGUCACCGGUUCGACGCUCCUGGAGCGUCUUCACGCAGAAAGGAGUCCUGCUGCAGAAGUCCUUGUCCAAACAUUUCCAUCGCCUGGUGUCCGUCCACAGGCUCCACCUCCGCCAGCGGGCCAAGUGGGUGAUUACACAGCAGAACUGCAGAGAUGUGGAGAAGGUGUGGCGCUCCCUGAGCCGAUCCGUACGCAGCUCCGGGUUUCCACCAUGCAACGCCAACAUCCGGCGGGAGCAGGCAGAGAUCUGGGUGUUCUGCGACGUUCUGUACUCGGAGCAGGUGGGGCGUCUGCUGAAGGACGAGCUGCAGCUGUCGGGCCGGAUCCACCUGUCUGUCCACAAACUGGGAACCAUCUUCAGCAUGUAGACGGUGUCUGCAUUGAACGGUGUCACCUCCAGGGGGCAGUAGACAGAGUUUUUAAGAGGUUCCACUGGUAUUAAAGGUAGAACAUGUGGUGUGGCAGCCUAAUCUGUGGAGAUGUUCCCUACUGAUGCUGGAUUCAUGUCUCACUGAAACGUCAACGUUGAGUUUGAUCAAAUGAUGGUGAUGCAUGAUGAGAGGAAAACAAGUGUCACAAAAAACCACGAAUGAUUAAUGAUCAAGACGAUCCAAUGAAAUGGAACUUUGGUUAAAUGUUAUUUUAACAUUUAAAGUGAUCAACAACUGGAAGUUCAUCUCUCACCAAACAAUAAAUGAGUUUAUCCUGACAGAAUGGAUGAGAUCCUCGGUGCGAGCAGCUGAAAAUGUCUUCCUCUGUAGCGAGACGAGGACCUGGACGCAUUUCCACUGUAACCUGACUCUGGAUGAGUAGAUUGAAGCCUGCAUGAAGGAAGACUUUCAGUUAGAUGUCAGUUUUCUCUCCUGAUCCACCCUUUUUUAACCCAAAUCUCUGAUUAUAAACUGGAUGCUUUUCCAAAUUUACAAUUCAUGUUUUAACUUUUUUACCGUUUACAAUUUAAAUGUGAAAAUGUUUUUUAUAUCAGGAACAUGUCGGGCUAUGAAUUGUUUUUUUUAUUCCUCAUGUAUGAAUAUUUAAAGCUUUUAAACGAAUCUGUUUUACUAUUAAUGAGCUGAGAUGGGGGUUGAACCCUCAGACUGGCUUCAUAUUUUUAUGAUGAAUUCCAGGAUUUGUGGUUUUAAUAUUAAACAUGAGGUUUUACUGUUUGCAUGUCUGUCUCUUGUAAAUAAACGACCUUGUUUUUAAA